AUGUCCGAAUCUGACCACGCACCGCAUACCUACAUUCUUACCAGAACCAAAACUGAGGCACAGCGAAUUGCCCGCAGCCUAGAUCGUCAAUACGAUGCUUGGCAGGCGAAUAUCAAAUAUCUCUUACAUCCGGCAAUCACCAUCUAUGAUCAUGCGCGUGUUGCAGAUAUUGGUAGGUACUGGAACUGCAUUAUGGAUGGCCAGAUGACAGAUUGUUCUAAUAUUGCAAGUUGGAUCUGGCUCAGGGACAUCUCGAGGGAGUUGCCAAGCUCUUGUCAGCUCCAAGGGUUCGAUAUUUCCGCUGCGAGGUUUCCAGAUAGACAAACUUUAUUCUCGAACGUCACUCUCUUCGAACACGACAUGUUUAAACCUUUUGCCGAGGAUUUUAUGGGAGACUAUGAUGUCGUCCACGUGCGACUCAUGAUAGUGGCUUUGUCCUCUAACCAGUGGGCGAUGGCUGUUCAGGAUCUCAUGACCUUUCUACGUAAGUUUUGA